GUGGCGGUGGCGCUUUCCGGCGGAUCGCGGCGGCCGUGAAGGACGCGGCGGCUUCGGGCGGGGAGAGCGGAGGCCGCGGCGGCUCCAGCUCACAACCAUGCCCUUCCUGGACCUGCAGCGCCAGCUCGGCAUCGACCUGGACCGCUGGCUGCUGCGGCAGAGCAUGCCGCAGCCUUACAGCCGCGCCGGGGCCUGUCACGCCUUCGAGCGCGAGUGGAUCGAGUGCGGCCACGGGCUGGGCCAGACCCGAGCGCGCCGCGAGUGCGACCCCGAGUACCAGGACUUCAUGGAGUGCAUGCACCGCACCAGGCUGGCCGUGCGGCUCAGAACCAUCCUGGAGCAGCGGGAGAAGCUGAUAAAGGAGGGGAAGUACACACCACCUGACUAUCACCAGGGCAAGGAGAGCACCCAGCCCUGACCCGGGGGGCCGUGGCCGCUGGGCACCUGCACGUGGAGCCGCUCUGGGAGGAAAAGCUGCAGCGCGGGGCCUGGGGUGGCUGCAGUGCGGUGGGCUCUGCUCCCCCAAGGGAAAUGCCACCACGCUGGGCAUUGCCUGGGCUAGUAAAUGUCUCCUUAGGAACAA